AUGGCAAGCGAAACACCAACAUAUCGCUUUAAACGUCCUUCGGACAAAUGCGUGUUCGAUGCUGCGCAGUGGAAUAUGUUAGCACAUAUAUUCGAGACAUUCGUCGCAGGAUUAACCCCCGAAGAGACCGAGGAACUUAAGAAAGACUACUAUAAGCACGCCAAAAAUCCUGCCGAUGAAAAGCUCUUGGAGGCUUAUGCUCGAGAGUCGGCGUUGGAUCUUCCUGAAUUCUUGGAAGAUGUUGAUUGCGUAUUUCAGAAUCAUGUUCCAGCCGAUAAAGUUGCGGAGAUCAAGACUGUGUUAAAUAUCCUUGACACACGGCUUGGUGCCCUCGCGUUUACAGGAACGACAAUCCCGCUAUAUCAGAAAACGAGACAGGAAAGAGAAGAGAUCAUCUCUGGUUGGUCAACAGCUAGGAUGGCGGCGCUGCGAAAGGUUUUCAAAGCAUUUGCGACAAUCGCUCGCCUACUUUGGGCUCGAUCUAGUGCUUCCUGGCAUGCGGCAGCUGGGUUUCCAGGUUACCCAUUCUCGAAAGAAGGAGAGGAGGAGUUAAAGGUUACAAUGGAAUCUGCUGCGACGGCGGAGGCUAGUCCAGAGUUUGUCUUCGAGGAUCUAAGCCAUAGGGCACCUUCAGCUGACGGGGCCAUCCAAUUGUCAACUUCGAUAUUGAUUAUCGGGUCAGGAUGUGGCGGCGGUGUUGUAGCUGGCCACCUAGCAAAAGCGCUCCCACACCACCAAUUGAUGGUAGUUGAGAAGGGUUUCUGGUAUCCAAAACAUAAGGCGCCUGUGAACGAAAGAGAUGGUCUGAGCAAGCUUUACGAAGAAGGUGGCACCUUACAAAGCAAUGAUGGAAGCUUAGCAGUUUUCGCCGGUAGCACCUGGGGAGGUGGUUCGUCAAUCAACUGGGGAGUUUCCUGGCAGCUACCAGCUCGAACAAGAAGAGAGUGGAAUAAAAAGUAUGGGCUUCAAUUUGCAGAGUCGCCGGAGUUUCAGGAUUGCCUCGACUAUGUCUCGAAUGUGGGGAAGGUUCAGACUUGGAAGGAAAAUGAACAUAAUUCCUCUAAUAUGGUAAUUGUCAACGGUAGCCAUCGUUUGGGAGAAGCAUGUGUCACCGUCCCUCAAAAUAUUGUUGGCGAUGCGGAUGCCCAUAACAAGAUUUGUGGUGCGUUCUGCGCACUAACGUGCAAGGGCUCAGGUGCCAACAUCGCGGGUCGUGGGGGUAAAGUGGCUGUCACCAAAACUUACCUUGCAGAUGCCCGGGAACGGGGUGCUAGGUUUUUGCAGGGGUUCGAUGUCACCAAGUUGGUAUUUGAUAAGAGGGGAAACGUGACUGGUGCUGAGGGUUUGUGGAGAGCUGACCCAAGUGAGCCGGCAGGAACCGGGAGGAAGGUCUUCAUCAGCGCAAAGAAGGUCGUUGUCAGCGGCGGUACUCUGAAUACCCCUGUGAUUCUACAAAAAAGCGGAUUAAGUAACUGGUGGAUCGGAAGAAACCUCCAUCUUCACCCAGUCGUUUUCUGCUUGGCUGAGUGGGAGGAAGAGACUCGGCCAUGGGAGGGCUCUAUCAUUAGCGUCGCUAAUACUGAACAUACAAACCUAGACAAUGAUGGGCAUGGUGCUGUUAUUGAGGGCAUGCUCAUGCUGCCAGGGCUUGGAACUGCGGUUUUACCUUGGAAGAGCUCCCUCGACUUCAAGAAGAGAAUGCUUCGAUACAAUCAUCUAACUAACCUGGUUGUGAUCUGUCGUGAUCGAGAUUCCGGGCGAAUCAUCCUGGACCCCAAGUCUGGAAAGGCAAGAGUAGAAUACACUGUUUCAGAAUUCGACAAGAGUCACUUAAUGGAAUCACUUGUCGCUGCUAUGAAAAUCAAUCAUGCUGCGGGCGCCCAGAAGAUAUAUACACCGGUUGUCGCCGGGCCAAUAUAUGAGAGACUCGACGACAAAGACGAAGAUAAAAAGGCUUUCGAUGAUGUUGUUGCGAAGUUGAGAAAGAUCGGACUUACUAAUGAUGGAUGUUCGUACGGAAGCGCCCAUCAGAUGGGAACUUGCCGCAUGGGACCUACACCACGAAUGGGUGCCUGUAAUGAGAAGGGCAAAGUAUGGGAAAGAAAUGGGCUUUAUGUUGCAGAUGCUAGUUUAAUGCCUGCUAGUUCAGGUGUAAACCCGAUGAUAACGACCCAAGGUUUGGCGGAGUGGGUGGCCCGUGGUAUCGUGCUUGAUAUCUUAAAGGAGGAAGGGUCUGAAACAAAGUCAAAGCUGUAG